AUGCAUUUAUUAUCACUAGAUGAAUGUCGCACGUUACUGUUUGAAUUCUCAGUCGAAGGAAGCGCCUUGUCUGUCGAUCACGUAAUCAGCGUGCAUGUAACAGAAUCGCCAGGGGAUUGUGAAUUAAAGUGUUAUUUAGAGGAUGAUUGUAUGUCGAUCAACACUGGACCAAUGGGGGAUGGAACAUACUACUGUGAAUUGAGUGACUCAGACCAUGUUUUACAUCCUCGAGAUCUCGAAAAUCGGAUAGGCGUUAUUUACAGAUCAGUAAAGGUGAGAAUUUUCGAAUCAACUGACGGACCGAAUUUUCUUUCAAUCUUAUUCCGUAUGGGGAUGCAUUCAGAUUAUUUUUAGAACUCUUUCGUUUUCGAAGGCCUGUAAGGAUUAAGUUAAAAACUGAAAAAAUGGAAAAACAAUCCUCUCUCGACAGUUUACAGUAUUUUGUCAUGAACAAUCGAGCGAAUCUGCUCGCGAGGCAUCGGCAUUGCAUCACUGAGAGACAUAGAUGCUACUUGUCUUUAAACAAGCAAUGGCCAGUCUCAACCUCUUAGCGAGAUUGUCGCUCGUGUGAGUUCAAUUGACUUUCUGACACAGACCUCCGAUAUGACAGGAGAAACUCCCUCUGUACGGAAUGGCGAUUAUUUUAGCCUCCUAAGUGUAAACUGCAUGCGGUAUGAAAAGAGCCCUUACAUAACGGUGGACCGGAGUAGGUUUUUGCUUCUAAGGGGCACAUGACGUUGCUGAUAUCGGAAUUUCAGUCGACUGAAACCUGAAGUAAAAGUAGCUUAUGGGUGCUAAAAGAAAAAUAUAAUUCUUGACUUCGUGUUCAAGCUCUGAACACGAUAUAUAUAAAUAUAUAUAUAUAUAUAUAUAUAUAUAUAUAUAUAUAUAUAUAUAUAUAUAAACUCGGUUAUCAUGUUUGAUAUAAACCUCUUAAUCAAAAAAAUUAUAGUUUUCAAUUGUGAUUUUAACAUCAUACUUUCUUCUAAUUUACUUACCAAGUUGUUAUAGUACAAUUCAAAAAGUCAAUCACAUUUAAAGUUGUAGUUUAAUUCAACCAAUCACCCAGCAAUUCAUUACAUUUUGAUUGUCCCGUCAUCAUUACUUAUUGUCAUUUCUUUAGCUUCUAAAUGCAUCCUCUAAACGUUUUCUCAUGAGUAAACAGUUUCGUUUCAUUCUCCAGUUCUAUUUAUCUUCUCUAUUCUUCCCUUCUUUUAGUGCCUUUCCUUUAAUCUUCUUUUGUAUUUUAUUCAGCUUUGUCAAAUCGUCUUACUCUCUAUGCGUUUUUAUCCUUUCUGUCCUUUCUUUUAUUGUAUUUUUUAUCUAUCCGCAUGUUGUUGUGAAAAUAUGUUCAUCAUCUACAGAACUUUUGCGCCAGCAGUCCUUGUUCCUCAAAUGAACGCUGUCAAACGGGAUUCACAGAUAAAGGGUACCGAUGUAUAUGUUCUGCGGAGUUUAAAGGAGAAAACUGUUCAAUUGGUAAAGAAAAAUAAAUGAUAACAUAGCUAUCUGAUUGAUGGCCACCUUAAAUAUUUUGAGGAGUGAACUAGCCCAUUUUAUCGAGCGGUACGAAAUGAAUUAAUCAUCUGAAAUGCAAUUGUGCAGGCCGAUCGGUGACAGGAAAUCAAAUGAGUCAGUUGAUGCUUAUUGAAAGGGUUUGUAAGAAGGGAUAUGGGCAAAAUGGUACUAAAACUCAAUUGAGAACAAGACCUCAGGUUAUCUCCAAGAUAACUGAGCAACGCAAGUCAAAAUACAUUUGAUUUGUGAUUAAAACGAAAGAUGCCAGAUCAAAAGGUCCAACCAGUAGAACUAAGCCUUGGUUUAUUUCGUAUCUCUGUGUUGGCGGAAUACUCUGGGUAUUGUGCAAUGAAUUAGCUUGUAAGAAUAGUAAUGUAUGUGAUCACUUCGUGUUUCAAUGAAAGAGAAGAAGUACACCCUUGGAGCUAUGCCAGUCAGUCUCAGAUGUAACUUUCAGACUUUUCCUCGUUGUAGUCUUGGAAUCCGAUGACUCUAUAGCUACGUACACAACAUAAACGUUUUUCCUGUUUUCAUUUGAAUUUAGAGAUAAUUGGUCAAGAUAAAUCGAAACCCGGACUUUCUUGUAGAGAUAUACUGGACAGUGGGUCAUCUGAAGGUGACGGAGUGUAUUGGAUCGACCCUGAGAAAAGCGGUGCCCCUAUCAGGGCUUAUUGUGAUAUGACAACUGCUGGAGGUGAUUAAAUUUUAAUAUUUCUUUUAGUUAUUUACUGCUGGUUUAUUUUUUCUUGACGGGUGAUAACACCAUUAGAGUGCGGGCAAUCUUACGAGUCAGUCAUACUUGUUAGUUACCCUUAACGAUACUAAUACUAAAAAUUAAUUUUGAAGCUGGCCAUCAAGCGAUUUUAUUUUCUUUUCAAAAACAUUCGCUGCAGAAAAAUAUAAAAUAAUAUAAUAAAAUAUGGGACGUUCUGAGGAAGAAAAAUAAGAGAUAUACCAGGUCUCAUUUCAGCUACUAGUUCAGUAGUGUUCAUAGUUGCGAGGAUCGCUUAUAUCUCAUUUCUUCACCGCAGUGCACACAUAUAAUUUUCAUCUAUUUCCAGUCAUCAUUCACCACUCGGAAGGUUUAUUUGAAUCCAACAUUAUGACCAGCUCCCAGUUGGCUUGUUAGCUCAGUUGGUAUAGCGCUGCACCGGUAUCGCAGAGGUCAUGGGUUCAAAUCCCGUACGAAUUUCUUUUCAGGUCUCAUUUCAACAACUAGUUCAGUAGUGUUCAUAGCUUCGAGGAUCGUUUAUAUCUCAUUUCUUCGCCGCAGUACACAUAAAGGAUUUUCAUAUAUUUCCAGUGAUCAAAAUAAUAUCAGUUUCAAUUAUUAUCCUCUGAGUAUAGUGUACUAAAAAAUCGUGUAAUAUGGCUGGACGUUAUUCAGGGCGCGAAAAAUGUCUAAAGAGGAUUGUAAUGACAAAGUAGUCACGUUUAAGAGUUAUUUCCAUCAUUAAUUGAUUUGAGGAAUCCUGGUCUCUUUAAUUAUAUGCAUGGAGCGCAGAUAUGUUUGCUUAAGUUCGAGAGGGUGACCAAUUAGAUUUGCUAUAUUUCAGGAGGCUGGGUUUUGAUCUCAAACAUUGAGAUCCCCACUACGACCUUCAAUUUGAGUUUCACCUCCCACAAUUCGUACCGAGGAAUAGGGAACUACAAAAACAACCUUAUGGUUUUAACGAAUAGCGCCAUGUAUGAGCUGUGCAAGGUCCUUCAAGUAACCCAGCUCAGGUUCCACUGCAGAAAACAAAUGAAACGUACCUUCCACGUGACGUCGGCCAUUAGCAAAACUGGCUGGGCUGUUGUCGAAUACUUCUGUGGCCAGACCAACGAACUUCCCCUGUCAUGUAACUCAUUCGAAGUAAUGAGGGACGAUAAUUCUAUUUUAACAAGUCACUGCAAUGACUGGGGAGAUGACAAUACACAGCGACAAGUAGGGACAUGGGGACACUACCCAACCACCACUGACGUCGAUGAUGGAAGGUUGAACAGUUUCGUGGCAUUUAUUGGGAAUACCUCUUACUGGCACAUCAGCCUGAUCGAAGGGCUGCUGUUAUGCGAUGAUAACGGAUUUGAAAUACCCUGGCUAUCUUCUGGCGAUUUCUGGAAAAUAUAUGUACGCUAA